GAGGCUGCGUUUGGAACCCGGUGUGGAGACGGAGGGUCCUUUAUCCUGAGUCCCCUCAGCCUAAUCACUGUAGCUGAGUUCCAACACCACCCAGGCCCCCAGGGUGGCCGUGGAGGGAGAGCAAGCCUGGCAGGUGACCCAGGGGUCCCACUGCUGUGCCCCUCCCUUAUCUUUGUUCCCUUUCACCCCGGAAGGUGUGAUUGUCUCAUGUCAUGGUGACAAGCCAUCUCUCUUCUCUGUCAGGUGGGAUCCCCACCCCCGCUCAGCCUUCUUUCUGCAUGGAUGCUGAAGGACCAGGCUCACUUGAAGUUCUGAGUUUGAGCAGUAAGGUGGAAACAAAGAAACCAAUGGAAACAAAGAAACAAGUCAUUGUGGCAAAGCUCCCCACCACAGAGAAGCUGCCCUGAGUGGAAGGGAGGGUGUGGGCAUGCCCAUUUGUUUCGUGUCUCCCAGUGCUCUUCGCUUUCUUAUUGCAGACCUGCAUGGUUACAACAAAAUGAUCUGCAAAACUGAAAAUAUUUACUCUCUGGCUUUUACAGAAAAGGCUGACCAGCCUCUGGUUCCCGUACCGGUCAACUGAUUGGAGUACCUUUCCAGUUUGGAAACAUCUGGGCAGGCCCAGGUUUGCAAAAUUCUUUAAGAGUAGUUAUGGAGUUUUGCUUCUAAACAUUUUUAUGGCUGUAUACUUCUGAGCUGAGGUUGUGCUGUGUAAUUCUGAGCCGGGAUUUUCUCAAACUGUUUCUUAUUUCUUAUACCGGACACCCCUAAAUUCCAAGGGGAAUGGGAUGUUAAGGAAGCCAUGGAGUUUAGGAAAAAGAUACAGAUUUCAUUUCCAUUUAAGCAUCGAUGUAUCUCCAUCCUAGGCAGUAUCGGUUCUGUGGUAUUGAUAGGGGAACUAAAUAGCAACCAAAUUUAUAGAAAAUAGUGGGUCAUUGGGUACACAAGUUCUUCUUUUCAACAUUUUUGUAGUGUUUGCAGUUUAAGAUGACCGUUCCUGAGAAACAGGCAGCCUCUUAGAAUAAAAUAGCAUUUUCCCUGAACCAUACUCAAUUUUUAUUUCGUAGACAGCAGGAAGGGCAAUCACACAUCCAACACUUGGGGACCUCAAAGAUAAAACGUAACUUUCUGGGAGCACACUCCCCCCGUCUCCCUCUGCUCUUUUCACUGUCCCAUUGUCCCUGAAGGCUCUUUUGUAUCUUCUGCUCAUGACUCCAGUAACUCUUCCUUCUCGUCCCUCAGCUGGUAAGUUUACUUUUCUACUUUGACCAAGCAAACUGAAGCCAACAGAAGAGAACUUUCACCAGCAACUCCCAGCACAUCCGCUCGCCUUCUGAUGUCUGUGACCUCACUCUCGCUGCCCCACCUCUUAUUACAGAUUGAACAGGAUCCAGGGGGAAGUACCAAGCCUGUCCCAUCGGCCAUCCUGUGUGUCAUGUCCUGUGACCCAGUGGAUGCUCAGCACCCUCCAGCUGAAGAAACAGAUUGCCUUAGGUACAUGAAAGGUGAGGACACCUACUAUCCCCAUGGAGCCCAGGUGGGGCUGGGAGUCUGCUGUUUGUACAGCCGGUGGGCUCGUGUUUCUUUGGGCAUCCCUGUGCCUGAAUUCCUGCAGUACACUCGGUGCCUGUUUCCUAAUCUGCAAAACUGGAAUGAUGUUAACCAUCCCGCAGUGCAUUCCAUGGUGCAUCCUCGCCUAGAAUUGAGUGGAAGCAAGUCCAUCUCAGAAGGGACAUACCUGAAGAGAAAUGGCUUUCCAGACUCUGAAGGGCAGAGAAAGCACCAGCCUGGGUUAGAGAAAGAGAACAGCAUCUCUGAGCCCGUCCUGGGUGACCUCACAGAGAUCACCCUAGUGGCCCAGGCUAGUGACCGGGAACAUGUACCUUCCUGCAGCCAACCCCAGACGUCCACUGAUGCAUCAUAUACUGGCAAAGAUCCUGGCCUGGGGGGGCGUUGGCCGCCGGAGAUUCGCCAGAUGUUGGACUCCAGCUUAACCACCGGAAGUGGGCAGGAUGUGCUGAGGGGGCGGAGGCAGCCGCCAAGGCAGCGACGGAGGGGGCUGUCCCUGGCCAGCCGGUCAAUUUGUUCCCACCUCAACAUUUGCUGUCCCAGUUUCGCAGGACGCCCUUCUCCAGUUUAUCCUUCUCCUGGGAGGUGACAUUUUAGGUUAUUGGGUCCCAGAUUGCUGGCACACUCAUCCCUGUUCUCAAACAUCUUUUAAACUUGGGUGAAGUGAUAAGUUGGGGAAGAAGAUGAUUUACUGAAAGUCUCCCGAGAAGAGAUUCAGACUGAACAGCUUUGUGUCGGACUUUGGAAGACCGCUGGUGCCCAAGGGGUUCUCUGGCAGCACAAUGACGAAUCUAGGUCCCUCUUUCACUGCUACGUCAAUGAAGUGGACCGCUUGGACAAGGCCAAAGCUGGUAUCCCAACCAUAGCCCUUGACAGUGAUGUUCGGCUCCAGGAAGCCAUCAGAUGCAGCAGGUGGCCAGAGGAGGAGCCGAACGGGCUCAUGAAAUGUGACACCCCCAGCUUCAUCAACACGGACCAGAACUCUUCCUUUGGGGAAGAUGAUCUCCUGAUUUUGGAACCACCUAUUGUUCUAGAAAAUAAGCCAGUUGCCCAGACCUCACACAAAGACUUGAAUUGGAAAUGUGCUUUGUCAAGUAUUUCUCUGAAGAUGUGAAGUCUGUCUUUGUAUGGCAGGAAGUCCCCUUUCACAAAAUUGUAUGUGUUUGUGUCUGAGAGAGAGAAAUGGAGACAGACAGAAAGACGGAGACAGAAGAGAGCCCCCUCAGAAGAGAGCUAGUUAAGUACGUUUUGGUUACUGAGACCCUCGAAUUCCCAUAUGAAUUGUAGCAGCAGCUAGUCAGUUUCUGCAGAGGAGCCCGCAGGGAUUGUGAUCGAGACCACGUUGAAUAUACGGAUCGUUCUGGGGAGCACUGCCAUUCCAAGAGCGCUGUCUUCUGAUCCAGCAAUGUGCUUGGUUUGUCUGUCCAGGUGCCCUCACCUCCAGUAGCAUCCAUCCAGACACCGGAACUGACACUGGCCGUGCUCAGAACUGCCUCAGCCCUGAAGACACAACUGACAAAUAGAAGGGGACCACGCCCUGUUACAGCAGGUGCUCUCACUUUCUGGAUCCUUAUGUAACUGAGCGGUGUCAAUCAGGAUUGCCCGUUUUACAUUGUGUGGCGCUGCUGCGGUGUCUCCUAGUUAUUUGUUUCUAAAUAGACUCCUAUUAGAAGAGGGGAAGUGGAGACAUAGAUAUUCUGCUGAGAUAUUGGUGUCAUCAUAUUUGAGUUGGAAAGGACUUACGACAGCAUAGAGUCGUACCUUUUUAUGGGUGAGAAUCCAUGAUAGUGUAACUUGGACAAGAACCCGGGUCUUCUGUCUUCAUGUCCACGCGGAUGAAGAGUGUAAGAAUGCCAGUGACUGAGUUAGAAGCAUGCUCCCAAGCUGUCCGUGUCCUUGCCAUUAAGAAGCGGACCCUGGAAGCUUCCAAAUUUCUCCAGAAUGCGUUCUACAUUCACCUUCGGCAGGUGACGCAUUCCUAGGAGAGAAUUCAGCAGUGCAGCAUCCUCUCCGAGCUCUAUGAUUUGAUCGGCUUCCACCGCAAGUCCGCCUUCUUCAAGCGGGUGGCCCCCGUGCAGCGCGCGGCCCCCGGCAUCCCGGAGCCUGGCGGGAAGGCCUGCUACCGACUCCUUCUGCAGACGCUUCCUGGCUACAGUCUGUCGCUGGAUCUGCAGGACUUCAGCAAAGGUGUUGGAACUAAAACAUUGCUUCAGUCCCUUUAACCAUGCCUGGUUUGGGCCCUGCUGUCCUGUCUCAUCAGGGUGAAUUCUGAUUCGUUUAGAACAGGGCUCAGCAGACUUUUUCUGUCAAGGACUUGGGAGUAAGUAUUUCAGGGUCUGCAAACCUCCUGAUCUCUGGUGCAGCUGCUCAGCUCUGCUGUUCAGACGCCAGAGCAGCCGGACAUUCCACACACCCACAGAGCAUUAUUAACAGCGGUGGCUGGGGCUGGAUUCGGUGUAUGAACUGCACUUUGUCCCCACAGCCUCCUCACUAUUGACGCCUGCACCAGAGCGUGCAUUUGCGACAAUGUGUGAACCUGCACUGACACGUCAUCAUCACCCAGAGCCCAGACUUGACACUAGGAUUUACACUUGGUGGUGUGCACUCUGUGGGUUUGGACAGAUGUCCAAUGACAUGUAUCCACCGUCACAGCAUCAUACAGAGUAAUCUGUCUUAGUGACCUUAAAAUGCUCCGUGCUGCACCUCAUUCAUUGCUCCUUCCCCUCUAGCCUCUGACAGCCACUGAUCUUUUAGUCUCUGUGGUAUUCCCUUUCCCAGAACACCAUACAGUUGGAAUCAGACAGUUGCGGAACCUUCCCAGAUUGGCUUCUUUCACUUAGUAAUAUGCAUUUAAGGUUCCUCCAUGUCUUUCCAUGCCUUGAUAACUCAUUUCAUUUUAGCACCAAAUAAUAGUCCAUUUUCUGGCUGGACCACAGUUUAUCCAUUCACCUACUGAAGAACAGCUUAGUUGCUUCUGAGUUCUGGUGAUUAUGAAUAAAGCUGCUAUUAACGUCUGUAUGCAGUUUUGUGUGUGGACAUAAGUUUCCAUUUUGUCGAGUAAACAUCAAGGAGCACAGUAGCCGGAUCAUAUGUUAGGAGUACGUUUAGUUUUGUAAAAAAUUUCCAGACCGUCUUCCAAAGUAUCUGGGCCAUUUUACAUUCCCACCAGCAAUGCAUGAGAAUUCCUGACGCUCCACGUCCUCACCAGCAUUCGGUGCUGUCAGUGUUCUGCGUUUUGGCAGUUCUGACAGGUGUGCAGUGGUACCUCGCUGUUUCAGUCUGCAUCCCCUUGAUGACAGAUGCUGUGAAGCAUCUUUCCAUAGACUUCUUUGGCAUCUAGAUUUCUUCUUUGAUGAGGUCUGUGUUCAGGCAUUUUGCUCAUUUUUUAAUCAGGUUGUUCAUCCUUCUUGUUGAGUUUAAAGAGUUUUUGGUAUAUUCUGGAUAUCAGCCCUUUAUCAAUGUGUCCCUGCCCUUCACCUGCAGCACCGGAGUUGUCCUUUGGGUCUCAGUGGAGUGUCAGCUCUUCAAAGAGGUUUCCUGUCUUCCCUCAGCCUAAAUACUGUCCUUGUAUUUUUCACUUUCAUUGACUCAUUUUGUUCUUUUUAAAUAGCAUUUCCCAUAAUUUGUAAGUACAUUAAAAAAAAGGGCAAUGAUUGAACACCACCUCCCCCACCAGGCUGUGUGCCCUGUGAGAGCAGAGGCCCUGUCCCCACUCAUCGUUUCCCAUGACAGCACAUGGCACAUGUCCAUGUAAAAGUGUGUAACGUGGGGCCAAACCUGAUGAGCAGCUAUGAUGACAUAUUUUGGCUACCAUUUAUUGAGUAGACUUUGUUUCUGAUGUUAAUUAUUAAAUCAUAUGAAUGAAACUUGUUUGUUUUGAAAAAUAAAACAACAAAGCACACCUCCA